GCGCGGCGGGUGCCACCCACGGCUCCCGGCCAAAGUUGAGCCGAGCGAGCAGCCGGCGGCACCCGCAGCGCCCCGGGGGUCCCACGGCACCCAGCUCCUCCUCGAUGGCCCCGGUGCCACCGUGGGGCUUGGCCAUCGCCGUCCCCGGUGGGCUCCUGCUGCUGCUGCUCCUCUGCGCCUUCUUCCCCAGGGCGAGCGGGCGCUGGUCCAGCCGGGCUGCCGGGAGAGAGGAGCCGAGCCCCGGGGUGCUGAGCGUGGUGAAGCUCUCAGAGCCAGGCCCCAGCGAGGGGGGAGCAGCAGUGCCGGCAGGCACCUCCUCUUGCAGCAGGACAGAUGGCACCGGUUCGGGGGACCCGGGUGUCCUCGGGCCACCUCCCCUCCACGCACCCCCCGGACCGACCCCGAGGACCCCCGACUUUCUGCGGCAUCGGCAGCUCCCGCUCGUGCCCGGGGAUGCCCAAACGCCCGCAGCGGAGGCACGGCAGGACGCCGAGGGGCCGAUCUACGAAAGCAUCCGCUACAAAUCCAGGAAGCUCAGCGCCGGGCUGAGGAAGCCCUGCGGUGCCACGGGGGACAUUGGGGACGGCGGGGACCCCGGGCAGGGCUUGGUGGUCCAGGAGGAGCCGUGCGGCGACGGCAGCCCCUGCCCCGUGUACGCCCGCGUGCGCAAAGCGCCCCGCGCCCCGCAGCACUCGGCGCCCAGCCACGGCCCCGAGCCCGAGGAAGAGGCACCUCCAGCGCUGCCGGAGAAACACUUCGAUGACCUGUAGGAUGGGACGGAGGCAUUUCGGAAGGAGUUUGGAGCCUGGGUGGCUCGUGCAAGGUUUGUGGUGGGGUUUGCUUGCUCCGGGCAGGUGCGGAGCAUCCCCCGGGACUGGCGGGGCGCUGGAUGCCCCACGGGAUGGAACUGGCGGCCUCGGUUUGGGUGCAAGAGGGACGAUGAGUGCCACGGGGAAGGGCAUCGCCCAAAGAAACCGGUGGCAUGGGCUCAAUGCUGCCUGCAACGCCGGGGGAUGCAGGAGGGAAACGCGUGGCUGCUUUCUGGAGAAGCUCGGGACACGGCGAUGCCGGCUGGCGGGUGAGGGGGAUGCAUUAAUUCAUCUUCUGCUCUCCGUGCACCUUUUCCUCUCUAUAAACAUCGAGGAAAACACCCGGAGUGUGGUUUUCUUUUUUUUCCCCAGCAGCAAGGGGUUGUGGACGGGGAGCUGCGUGAACGCUCCCUCAUUGCCGUUUUAAUCCCUUUGCCCAAUGCAUGUCCUGCACCCUGCUCCCUCCCCGGGCCCUUUAGCGGGGCUCUGAAGGGGAAGCAGCACCGGGUUUUGCUCGACCCCAGGCCUGAGCUGCCCCGAUAGAGACAGGACCCGGCUUAUCUCCCCCUGAAGGACUGGCAGCAGCCCCGGGAGGCCGGGAGCAGCGCGCACAGAGAGCAGCGGUUACGUGGAGCGGCCGAGAUAACUCCUGCGUGCAUUGCCGGGACAUCCCCGCACGGCUGCAACCCCCUGCUCAGGGUCCUCCAAAGCCCGAGGCAUCCCCGUGCCUUGCUCCAGAGAUUUUUCCCCCCCAAAAAAAUGCCAAACUGCAUCCCACGGGGACGCAGCAUCGCUUCCCCCUGCCCCUAGUCUGGGUUUUACUUUGCUUCUGCACAGCGGUUGUGCUGGGGCUGAGUCAGACGGGACAGAAAGGGAUUUCACUUUAAAGGGGAAAAAAAUAGAAAAGAAAAAACCUUCAACGUUAUUCCUGGCGCGGGAGCCAGGGACGUUUCUAUUUUCACGUGUUGAUAGUUGGCGGCGUGCUGCGGCGAGCGGCGGCGUGAGUCAUUCCGGCACGGCCCCAGCAGCGAGACGAGGUCUGGGGAGCUCAGAGCCGGGGGAAAUUGGGCAUUUUUGCUCACCUCUUUGUUUGGGUGUCAUUGGAGCUGCCCCACGGAGCGCUGUGGUGCCCCCUGGUCACCACGGGGCCGUGCCAGGCUCGGCGUCUGCUCGCUGGGGGCAAAUCCCAGCACUGCCGGGCCUGGAGGCGUCCGUGUGCUGAGUGCUCCCCAAUAAUGCACAGGCACAGCACGAUUUGCAGCCCUGAGACAACCACCCCUGGCACGUGCUGGUGUCGCUCACCUGCCUUCCGAUGUGCUCGUCUGCCUCCAUACGCUCACCCGCCUUCCUAUACGUCCAUCUGCCUUGCUAUAUGCUCACCAGCCUUCCUACACUCUUCUGCCUUCCUAUAUCCACCUGCCUUUUGCUAUGCUGAUCGGCCUCCCUAUAUACUCAUCCACCUUCCUAUACAGUCAUCUGCCACCUCAUAUGCUCACCCGCCCUCCUACAUGCGUCUCCAGCCUCCUAUAUGUCCAGCUGACUCCCUA